AGACGUUCAUUACAAUCAAACUGCUUUCACGGCUUCGUGGUCUAAAAGCUUAACACUUUUCGCUCUGUUAACUACCAGAGCAAAACUACUUAAAAUAUCAAACAUUUUGCAGUUUAAGUUACUGUCAUGUAGAGCACCUACAUUUCCGUUUUGAGGUCUUUGUCACCACAUAAAGCACUUCCCAAUUUGGCCGUUGACGGUUUUAAAAGUGUCCGCUGUCCGUCUUAGAGAGAUGUCCGUAUUAUAGAGAGUAUGGUUACAGUAAAAUAACUGGGACAAACUUUAGGUGCCCGUCUUACGGAUGAAUUCGUAUUAGAGAGCAUGGUUACAGUAAAAUGUCUGUGACCAACCCUAGGUGUCCAUCUUAGAGAGGUGUCCGUAUUAUAGAGAGUAUGGUUACAGUAAAAUGACUGGGACCAACCCUAGGUGUCCAUCUUACAGAGGUGUCCGUAUUAUAGAGAGUAUGGUUACAGUAAGAUGACUAAGGUUACAGUAAAAUGACUGGGACCAAGCCUAGUUCUUACUAGACAGAAGGCCGUCUUUUAAAGUUGUCCGUUAAGAGAGAGUUUACUAAAAAUCGAAAGGGAGAUGGAAGAAUUUGAGACAGUACUAGAAAGCUUAAGGCGGCUCGGUUAUCUCAAAUUUUGGGUCAAAACUUUUUCAGCUUUAACGCAAAGGCUGAGAAAGUUUAAAAAGUCCGAAUAUACAAUUAUUUUUGAAAAGGGAUGUACAACCUGUUUGACGAUGUGCCAUCUUGACGCGCAUAUAUCAUAGUUUACGACUCUAAUUUUAACUCAUUUGAAUUAAGAGUUGUAAAAUAGUUUCCAAAUAAUGAUAUUUGUCAACGAUUAUCUGGAAAAAAGUUCACACCCAAACUCUUUUGCCUCUUUUACAUUCCAGAAUUAAUCAUAGAAGACUGCUCUAAACUUGGUCAAAGUGGUUUGGCAUCUACUGGAAUCUACUACAUCAACCCAGAUGGUGGCAGCUCAAUACAAGUACUGUGUGACAUGACUACAAACGGUGGAGGUUGGACUGUCUUUCAGAGACGUUUAGACGGUUCGGUUGACUUUUUUCAGGGCUGGGAAUCAUACAAAAAUGGGUUUGGAAAUUUAAGCGGUGAGUUCUGGCUUGGAAACGACAAUCUUCAUCGCUUGACAGCCUCUGAUGACGUCAUGCUUAGAGUUGACCUGGAGGACUUUGAUGGCAACAUAACAUACGCAGAGUAUACAACAUUUCAAGUAGCUAACGAAGCAGAUAAAUACAGGAUUGCGAUUGGAGGAUACAAUGGUACGGCUGGUGACUCGAUGGUAGAUGACGGAGGGCAGACCCAAAGGUAAGCAAAUAUUUCGCUGGUAAUUAAUUUGUAGCAACAGAAAAAGACACACGGUCACUACUGCGCUUAUAAGCUCUUCCACUUUAUUAUGAGCCACCUCCGGACCAGUUAUAAACCCAUCUAUAGACCCGUAAACCAAAACAUACAUCCGAUUACAAGCCUCCGGAUAUAAGCCCCUUACGAAUCUAUUGAAUUCGAUUUAUUAUGACAUUUUAGAUUUAUUAUGACAUUUUGAAGGUUAAUUUAAAAAAAAAAAAAGUAAAUGCAAGACCUAUUAGGACUGCUAUAUCUUGUUUCAAGGCGCUGUUUCUAUUUCGGGUAUAAAACAGCUCGGAUAUAAGCCCCUCCGUUUAUAAGCCCUUCUUAAAUCCCUGACGAAGAUGUAUAAGCCCAGGGAUAAGCGGCAGUUUAGAGUAUCAAAUCAACAAUCUUUCAGUAAUAUAAUUUCCUUUUAAGCCCAUCUUACACUGCUGCAAGAGCCCAUAACCCGGAGCGAGCAAAUCCCAUACGAGGCCUAUGUCACGGCGUUUUUACGGACCAGUUUAUUUUUAGACACAUUUUAGGGCACUUUUUCCCGCGAAAAUAGAAUCUCGACCAUGUCUAUGAGUGCAUUCGUUAGGUCUGUAGGUUUUGCUGACCGGUUUGUGGAAUUUAAAAGAUAGUCAAAAUUCGCGCCAAAACCGUUCCAAAAAUAAACUGGUCCGUGAAAACGCCGUGACACGAGCGCAAAGAAGUUGCUCACUCCUGACUGUUGUUACGAUUCUUUUUACCAUUACGAUAAGUCAUCGCCAGCCCCGACCACCUUAGAUACCUUCUCCCUCUUAUUCAAAUCAUUUAUUAAUUGGUAAAGUCUCUAUACUCUUAAGCGACCACAGCCACAUAAGUGGCAUCUGUAUCUGAACUGCAGCGUGCAGCAAUGAGCUGUAAUGCACAACAAAGCCUUUACUUCGGAAGCAUGAUGCCUAUUACUCGAAUCACCCCAUGUAAGGAUGGAAAGUUUUGCUUGAGGAAUCCGGAAUCCGGAACAAAUUCGCUUGUGGAAAACGAAAUCCUGAUCUUUGGAAUCCGGAAUCCCACCAACAAUUGGAAUCAGAAAUCCAAGUUCCAAUAAACAAAACAAGGAAUCCAGUACCUGGAACCCGGAAAUCCACAGCGUGGAAUCCAGAAUCCAAAACCGUCUUGGGUUGACUUGCAUGGGGUGACUGGAAAAUCCGAACUCCAAAUCCACCUUGAAAUCCACUUCGAAAUCCAUCUCCAAAUCCUAACUCGGUAAAUAAAUAACCUGCUGACACUGAACAAAUCCCUUUGUAAAAUUUGUGCCAUUAUCAAACUGUGACUUUUUUCUGCAGUAAUUUACAGUUUUCAACCAAAGAUGACGACAAUGAUCUGUAUGGCCCUGACAAUUGCGCUGUUUUAAAGGGUGGAGCAUGGCGGUACCAUUCCUGCAGUUGGGCCAAUCUAAAUGGUUUGUAUCGUUGGGGAUCUUAUAACACCAGCUACCGUACCGACGGAGUAAAAUGGGUCACGUUUAGAGGACAGUAUUAUUCUUUGAAACGCACUGAGAUGAAAUUAAAACCUAAACCAUAA